AUGAACUUUGAUCUCAUAUCGUUCUUCUCUCAGAUCAAUUUAAGUUUGAUUGAAAACCCAAUUCAGAAAUCUCCAAAGUUAUUGCUUUCGUUUACUAUCUUUGUUUUCAAUAAAGUAAUCAGUAAAGAAAACCCAUUCCACUGCCAGCAUGCCUCAAGUGAGGAUUAUCGCGAAGAAUUUCAUGGAUAUGGUAGCUUCGCUACCAGCCGUGAAGCUCAACAAGCUAUAUGAAAAUGCUUUCAUCUGCGAAGCUAUUCUCAGAUCAUUGCCACCAUUAGCCAAGAAGUAUGUGUUGCAAAUGUUGUACAUUGAUUCACCAGUAUCAGCUAAGUCUAUGGAAGAAUGGGUUCUUCCAGAUGGUUCUUCAAAACAUAAAGUAGCCAUAGAUAGAUUGAUGCAGCUUAGGUUACUUACAGAAGCUGAGGACAGGAAAAAAGAAACAGCAUACAGAUUGAAUCCAAAAUUUCAGGGUAACCUCCGGAAGCAUUUAGUGCAUGGUGGGAUCUUACCUAGAGAAGCAAUGGCUUCUAAUAUCACUGUGAGGCUUCCAAGCUUGGAAGAGUUAGAGGCUUAUGCUGCUGAACAGUGGGAGACUUUCUUGCUGCACCUGAUAAAUUCGACUCAAGCUGAAAAGACUAUGAACUUCAGCUCAGGGAUGAUGAAAAUAUUCCAGCGAAGCAUUAUGAGUAAAAGGGAUAAAGAAAGUCCAGUGUUAACUGAGGGUGGAUUUCAGUUCUUGCUCAUGGAUACAAAUGCACAACUUUGGUACAUCAUCAGGGAAUACAUCACAAAUUCUGAGGAGCGGCAAAUAGAGCCUGCAGAUUUGAUUUCAUUUCUUUUGGAGCUUAGUUUCCAUUGCACUGGUGAGGCAUACAAUACGAAUACGCUGACAGAUGUACAAAAAAGUGUAAUCAAGGACUUGGCAGACUUGGGACUGCUCAAGCUCCAACAGGGACGAAAAGAGAGCUGGUUCAUUCCUACAAAGUUGGUAACCAAUCUCUCUAUCAGCUUAUCUGAUUCAACCUCACGAAGGCAGGGUUUUGUUGUGGUGGAGACAAAUUUUAGACUGUAUGCAUAUUCGACAUCUAAACUACACUGCGAGAUCUUGCGCCUUUUUGCAAGAGUAGAGUAUCAGCUGCCAAAUCUCAUUGUUAGUGCAAUCACUAAAGAAAGCUUGUAUCAUGCUUUUCAAAACGGUAUCACAGCAGAACAGAUUAUUUCUUUCCUUCAACAGAAUGCUCAUCCUCGAGUCGCGGAGAGAUUGCCUUCUGUACCUGAAAAUGUCACCGAUCAGAUUAGGUUAUGGGAAUCAGAUUUGAACAGAGUAGAGAUGACACCUGCUCAUUUUUAUGAUGAGUUUCCAUCUAGGGAUGUCUUUGAGUCUGCUUGCGACUUUGCAAGAGAAUAUGGAGGUUUGUUAUGGGAGGAUUCGAAAAAGAUGAGCCUGGUUGUAAAGGGAGAAGUGCACAUGCAUAUGCGUGAGUUCCUACGACAGCAAAAAUAGUAAGCCUUUUAUAGUUCCAAUUUAUUAGGCAAAUUGUUAGUUUUGAUCUAUUUUCUUCAUCACUUGUAUCAAAACAAAGUUUAUGCAUUUCUUGUAAUACAUCUUCUUGUUAUACAUCUGAAACACAAUUCAUCCAUC